GAGAGACUACAAGUGUGUGAAGGGCGGGACGUGUAGUGGGGGUGACGGGGGAGGGGUGUGCAGACGGAGGAAGGUCGAUGACCUGCCCGUUUAACACAAGUGCCGGUUCAGACCAUUUUCUCCCCAAAUUGCUGGCGUCACUCUGGGCGUUUGGAGGGAGAUAUUAGACGGAGAGUGCGCGUGUGAGUGGGUAGAGGAGGUGUGCAGAGUGCAGAGGCAGCAUGAGGUGCAAGAUGAGGGUUGCAGUAAGUGAGGUUAAAGUGGUGGCGAGCGGCUGCGGCACCGGCCGUCUGUGGGGUCCCUGCCAGCCUGCCGCUCCGCCACUUCCACGCCGGGUCCCGAGCCGAGCACACCGCAGCUGCCGCCGCCGCCGCCGGCCGGCACGGCCCACCACGCCCUGCUGUCUGUCUGUCUCCCACCACCCGCGCUCACCACUCCUCCAGUACCGGAAGUUACACUUGUGAAGGAGGAAACGGCCCCAAGACUAUAUUUAGCUAGCCACGAGGCAGCUGACCGAGGCAGUGGCCACCCGUUACGUGACGGUGCCUCCCGCACCGGCCACCAGCCUCCGCACUGCACCAGCUGCUGCUGCUGCUGCUGCUGCUGCUCGCCCGCCACCCGUCACAGCGGCAAACACGCCCAUACACUUCCGUGUGCUCCUUCGCUAACGUGGCACGCUUAAUAACGCAAACAGCCUAUGCCAGGCCACAGGAUUCCUGGUGACAGACUCACAACCUUGGCAGGGAACCAUGAGGUGAGGGAGCAGGCGCGGGCAGCCGUCAGCUGGGCGAGUGACAGGGGAGGGGUAGGCAGCAGCAGCAGCACUCUGUAACACCGGCGUCAGGGAGGCCAACCUCACUCAGCAGCCACUCUCCCCCUCACCUCUCGUCAUCGUAACUCAACCCUCAAAGUCUCCUAUUGAUAAUGCUCACGCAAGCCUCCCGUCGCUGCCUAAGCCGAGUGCCGGUACUCUGGUGCCGUCCUCCUUCGGCCUCCUCCUGAUGUGGCACAAGUUUAACAGCAACAAAUGAGGAGGUUGGGCCCGAGGGCCCCGGGAGUGCCGCCCUGGGGCCGAGAGGGCCGCGCCUAACACAGUUCCUCAAUAUAGCACGCCACGUGGCCGUCGGCUCGCUCCCUGCGCCGCCUUCCUGGAAGUGAAAGUUGGUCAGCCAAGGUUUGUCGUCGAGGUCAGUGUAGCCACACCUGGCCAGCCAGCCCGUCGCCUGCAGCCCGCGCCGCCCUCACCACGACGGAUCUUAGCCCUAAUGACUAACUUAACAGUGGGAAGAGUGAACAGUGCUAGAGAUUGUCAUGAGAAAAGUGGAUGGUCAGUGGUGUCGGGAGCUGCAGGUGGGACCCACUGGCGCCACUCCGUGGAAUGUGUUGCUUACACCUGUGAUGCGUCGUCGCCCGGGGACACAAACAUUUAUAUUGAUCAGCUGCUGCCUCUCCUCCACUUGGAAGGAUGUUCUAGAGAGAGAGAGAGACAUGCUUCCCACACAUCACGUGAAACCUGCCGGAUGUUACGUCAUGGUAGACAUUGGCCAUCAUGAACCCCUCACCAUGACUGGUCAGAGCUUCGAAAGCGUCACAAAAAUGAAGCGUUCCAAUUGGUGCAGACUGCACGAUGACGUCACGAAGAAACUCUUCAUUGGCCAACUGUAUUUGGUGACGUGUAGGCGGAGCAGUGCUGUGGUUGGUGGAGGCAGCAGCUGCCAGACCCAGCCAGACCGCGGCCGCGCUCACAUGGGCCGGGAAUGGAAGCCUCUCUCGGCUCCAGUCUGGACGCUUCCCAUCAGCUGUUCGCAAGGGUUGAGCCGCAGCGGACGCCCAUGGCCGGGGCUCCUGCCUUCCCUCUCGCAUUUGUUACAGUCGAGGACUAUCGGGAAGACUAGUUCCUCUCCAGCUGAGGCGCAAUAUUACUUAGCGGCAGAGAAGUGUGGGAGUGUUGCCGCUGGCAAGACAAAGUAGCCCUUAUGCUACCCGCCUAUUAGGAUCAGUCAGUGAAAGUUCAACCGGCGACACCUUGACAUCAUCAGCUGCUGCUGCCGGCCGGCUUCUCAAG